AUGCGGCAUUCUAUUUGUAUCUUUGGAACUGAGGACCUCAAGUCACUCGAUACUUCACACUACUUAUUCGCCAAUAAGUUUUUGCCGGAAUUCGAUUUUGGAGCUAUUGUAUGUUGGACUCAACAUCUGUUUGCUUUGACUUACGGUUUAAGUGUUAGACCACUGGACAUUCAUUAUUACCAAAGGCUUCCUUACGUACGUUACAACAGUAAUAUAGAACAGUAUAGGAAACGCGCAGACACAUUUAACUGUACUUAUGAAUAUCAACUGACAUGA